GUACUGCUCAAUUGCCAACGCGAGAGUCGGGAGCGGAGCAGCUUCCGCGUUGCGAAUCUUGAUUCAUUCUUGACCUCCCAGAGACCCUCCCUCCCAUGUCCUUUCUCUUUCUCUAAUCCUUUCCUUUCCUUUCCUUUCUUUUCCUUUCCUUUUCUGGGUCGUGCUUCCGUUUUGAGAAGGCGAAUUGGGUCGAAAGAGGUAGAAGAGAAAACAGGGGGAGAGAGAAAUGCAGAGGCCGCAAGAACAGCAGCGUUCGAGAUCUAGGAAAUCGAGCGGCACCAUCCACGGCUGCGCGCAGUCUGGAGACAUCACCGGCCUCCAGAAGCUGCUCAGGGACGACCCGUCUCUCGUCAAUGAAAGAAACCCCGUUAUGGCCCAGACACCGCUCCAUGUUUCUGCAGGAUACAAUAGGUCUGAUAUAGUUAAAUUUUUGCUCAACUGGCAAGGACCUGAAAAGGUUGAGAUGGAAGCCAAGAACAUGUAUGGAGAAACUCCUCUGCACAUGGCUGCCAAGAAUGGAUGCACUGAUGCUGCGCGUUUACUUCUUGCUCAUGGUGCUUUUAUUGAAGCCAAAGCAAAUAAUGGAAUGACACCAUUGCAUCUAGCUGUUUGGUUCUCACUGCAUGCUGAGGACUGCUCAACUGUUGAGAUUUUGCUCGAGCAUAAUGCGGACUGCAGUGCAGAGGAUGAUGAGAAGAUGACUCCCCUAAAUCACCUCUCACGAGGUCCAGCAAGUGAGAAGUUGAGGGAGUUGUUAUAUAGGCAUCUUGAAGAGCAGCGGCGGAAGAAAGCCCUUCUUGCGUGCAGCGAAACAAAAGCAAAAAUGGAUGAGCUUGAGACAGAAUUAUCUAAUAUCGUAGGUCUGCAUGAGCUCAAGGUACAAUUACGAAAAUGGGCAAAGGGCAUGCUUUUGGAUGAGAGGCGCCGGGCUCUUGGCCUAAAAGUUGGAGCCAGAAGACCUCCUCACAUGGCCUUCCUUGGAAAUCCUGGAACAGGUAAGACAAUGGUAGCAAGAAUCCUUGGCAAAUUGCUUCAUAUGGUGGGAAUUUUAGCCACUGAUAGGGUAACAGAAGUACAGCGGACGGAUUUGGUAGGGGAAUUCGUGGGUCAUACUGGACCAAAGACCCGGAGAAAGAUUAAAGAAGCAGAGGGAGGUAUUCUCUUUGUAGAUGAAGCUUAUCGGUUGAUACCGAUGCAAAAGGAAGAUGAUAAGGACUACGGAUUAGAAGCAUUGGAGGAGAUAAUGUCAGUCAUGGACAGCGGGAGCGUUGUUGUCAUAUUUGCUGGAUACAGUGAACCAAUGAAGCGUGUGAUCAGUUCUAAUGAGGGCUUCUGCAGAAGAGUGACCAAGUUUUUCCAUUUCGACGACUUUACCUCGAAAGAUCUUGCCAAAAUUCUUUUCAUCAAGAUGAACGAACAAGGAGAAGAUAGCUUGUUGUAUGGAUUCAAGUUGCAUCCAUCGUGCAGUGAAGAUGCUGUAGCGGCACUGAUUCAGACAGAGACGACAGAGAAGCAGCGCCGGGAAAUGAAUGGAGGUUUAGCAGCAACCAUGCUUAUAAACGCCAGGGAGAACUUGGACCUUCGGCUCAAUUUUGACUGUGUAGACACAGAUGAACUAACAACGAUCACCUUGGAGGAUCUAACAGCGGGCCUUCGGUUGUUGUCCAAAUAAUACGGAUCUUGUUGGGUUAGAAAAGCUUGUAAUAUUCUUUCAGCCUGGCGCAAUUACAGAUGAUGGGUUAGAAAAGCUUGUCUUGUUAGUAGGAAAUGAUUUAUUCGAUUGUUUAGAAUCAUAGGUCUUGGGCUUGAGAUAAUAAUUCAACGGUGUUCUUUUUCAGAACCUGUGGUUGGGACACAUUGAUAUGCAGUCAGAAUUCAGAUCAUUCUUCUUGGAUGAACCAGUUUUGGUUCUUGA